AUGGCAGCAGAUCCCGACUGGCGUUCCCGGGGCGCAGCCAAGCGUCAAGCUACCCUUGAUACGAUCCCCAAGAAAUGGCGACUUCAAGACCCUGUUCCUCCUGCAACAGAAGUGCCCGAUGUUACAGGAUCUUAUAUUCAGCAGUAUCUUAGUAAGCGUGAGAUCGAGAUCACCGAAUCUGAUGCAGUUGAUAUUGCUGCACAGACUACCUCGGGUACUUGGUCCGCUGUCGAAGUCACGGAAGCCUUCUGUCACCGUGCUGCAUUGGCUCAUCAACUUGUCAGCUGUCUACAUGAGAUCUUCUUCGAUGCAGCCAUCGAAGAUGCAAAGAAACUCGAUGCCUACUUUGCAGAGCAUAAAGCUCCAAUUGGCCCAUUGCACGGCCUUCCCGUCAGUCUAAAAGACCAAUUCCACGUCAAAGGUGUCGAAACAACGAUGGGCUAUGUAGGUUGGAUCAACACAUUUCAAGGCAAAUCCAACGAUUCACGUCGGACAGUAGAAGAGAGCGAACUUACCAAAGAGCUACGCAGCCUUGGUGCGGUUCUAUACUGCAAAACCAGUGUCCCUGCAACCCUUAUGGCCGGUGAAACAGUCAACAACAUCAUCGGCUAUACCUGGAACCCGAAGAACAGACUUCUAUCUUGUGGCGGCAGUUCUGGUGGUGAAGGAGCACUGAUCGCCCUGCGAGGAUCCCCCGGCGGCUUCGGUACUGAUAUCGGAGGCAGUGUCCGUAUCCCCGCGGGUUUCAACAAUUUGUACGGGAUACGUCCGUCUGCUGGACGGAUACCGUAUGAGGGCGCUGCGAAUUCGAUGGAUGGGCAGAACUCGAUAUUAUCUGUUAUCGGGCCGUUAGCCCCUACUGCACGCUCUUUGACGUUCCUUUUCAAGGCAAUUUUGAGCCAGGAACCGUGGUAUCAUGAUCCACUUGUUUUGGAGUUGCCGUGGCGUGAUGAGAUCGUGCAAGAGACUUGCUCUCUGAUUAAGCAGGCUGGAAACGGUGUCCCAAGUCUUGCAUUCGGGUUCAUGAACUAUAACGGUGUGGGUCGGAUUCAUCCACCGAUUGCACGGGGCAUGAAACUUGUCGAGCAGACGUUGAGACGACUGGGUCAUAAAGUUAUCACUUGGUACCCGCCGUCUCAUGCCACGGCUCACGAAUUAGCUAACCACAUUUACGGCAUGGACGGUGGUGUAGAUAUGAUACACCACUUUGGUUUGUCUGGCGAGAAAAAAGCACCACAGGUUCUCCUCCUCGAAGAAGGCGUUGAGUUGAAGGCAUCUUCGAUCGCUGAUAUUAACAUCGCGAAGCGGGAGUACCAGAAACAGUACAUGGAUUACUGGAACAGCACUGUCAAGUUGACCGGUACAGGACGUCCGGUUGAUGGAGUCUUUUGCCCACUGGCAUCACAUGCCGCAGUCAUCCCUGGCCAAUACGGUAACGUCGGCUACACUAGUUUCGUGAAUGUACUGGACUAUACCAGUGUGGCCAUUCCGGUGACUUUUGCGGAUAAAGAUGUGGAUGUCCGUCCCGCGAACAAGUCUGCUGCCGAGCUGGAAGAUUAUAUCGAAUGGGAUUAUGAUGCCAAGACAUAUGAUGGUGCUCCUGUUGGGGUCCAGUUGAUGGGAAGACGAUUGCAAGAAGAGAAAAUCCUAACAAUUGCUGAGUAUAUUGGGAAAGAGAUUGCCCAGGAUCUGAACUAA